AUGUCUCUGACUCCCUUUACUCUGGUCCGGCUUGUUACACAUCUGGCCAUGAUGCUGGGAGCCUCAGAGAAACCCCAGGUUGUCCAACAGAUAAUCCAGCCACCUGUGGAGGAUGUCAGUUUGUUUCUCAGGCUGCACAUAAUAAAGGAUCUUGAACAGCUGUCACAGGCACUGGGAAAAGGAGCUGACGACACUGUAACAUCUGUUCACUUGGUGCUCAGAUCACUUCAAGAACUACCACAUGCCAGUAACUCUACUAUUGACCCUUACCUUACAUCCAAAGAAUCCAGAAACACCUGGGAGACUACUGUGGCUACAGAUAUUAUGACACCAAAGUUGAAGGACCUUGACCAACUCCUACAAGAGGCAAAGGGAACCAUUCGAAAUGACUCCCGUGUAUCUUCCAACUUCAUCAUAAGGACGAUCCACGGUGAUGACUGUAGCUUCCUCACCCCACUGCAACAGGGCUCUGAGGUCAACAGCUCAGCAGUGUGGAGCUGCAGGGAGAGGCUGUCGCUGCUCAGCCUCACACACAUUAUGGAGACUAAUGAUCAAAAGGAGGAGCUCCCCCUGCUCUGGAGGUUCCUGCAGAAGGAGAGAGAGUUUCGACAUAUCAAAUUCCUCCCUGAAAUCCUAAUCCUGCAGAAACGUUUGGUGAGAAAGUACCAGAACGCAACUGAAGAGAUCGUGGGCUCCAUCAGAGAAUUCAUAGAUCAGCAAACAGAAAUGAGGCAAUGGUAUCAACAACAUAUUGAGACCUUCCUGGAAACAUGGAAUCAGCUAAGAGUUUCUGUAACCAGCAAUGAAAUAAAAAUUCCAGAGGAAUUUUGCAGCAGGGAUUUGGACUUGGACAGUGACUUGCAGUACCUCCUGCCCCGUCGGCAGGGUCCAGGCCUGUGUGCCACAGGGCUUCUCAGUUAUCUGGUGACUCUCCACAAUGAGUUGAUGAAUGCAGUGGACCACCACACAGGAGAGGACAACAGUAACUACACAGUGAGUCUGUCAGAGCUAAUGGAGCACCAUGUGAUCUGCUAUGAUGUGGAGAAGGACCUGUUUCCUCUGGUUUUGUCUAACUGCCAGUACAGCUUGGAACGUGGCCACGAGACAAUAUCUGAGUAUGACCUGCCCAGGAUCCAACAGCAGAUCCUCACCCAUUUUCUGCAGGGAAAACCUCUCAUUACCCGCGCAGGAAUUCCCGUGCUGGUCAACACACAGGAGAGAGACUAUGACACCAUUUUCAAAACUGUUUGUGGAAAAGUGCCACAGAUUCCUCUGUCCUCUCUGGCCCAGAACACUGUGUCCAGAGAGCUCGACUCAUACAGCGAGGUGUGCGCGGCACUCAAGAUUGUGGAGCUUCUUCUAGGUUUCCUGUCUUUAACCAGUGGUGAUCCCACUAUGAAAUUAGUCACUUACCUUCAGGACGUACUAAAGAUGGACCAAAACAUUGAUCAUCACAUACUGAAGGCUUUUGGUAAAUGUACCCUCGGACACUGUGUUUGUCUGUGGAAAGUCCUCUCCUCACUCAGAUCUGAAAACAUGCUGCGUCUCAAAAGGAACCCCUUUUCAGAAUAUCCACCUGAGUACCAGAUGCCACUGAGUGAGGAAAACAAGGCUGAGCUGAAAAAAAUUAUUUCUAGAGGAAAUGUGGACCAGUGGCUGAUUGAGAUCCAUGAAGUUCUUUUGUUGGGUCUGGGCUGCCUACGGGCCACUGAGGAUUGGAAUCCAUCCUGGAGCUUGAAGCAGGCUGUUAGUGUGUACAUGAGACAUAAAGACGUUCCACCUUACAUGAAGGAAGACUUCCCUGAAAAUCUGCAGCUGUCCCAGAUAGUAGAGACAUGGAAAUACGCUAUAACAGCAAAACAGGAGUGGAUGAUGGAGGGAUGA